GGAUUCUGGCGAACGGCACAGCAAGUGUAACCAGUUCUGGGCGGACGGUCAAUCCGUUGCCUCGCUCUGUUUCUCGAUUAAGAUCGAUCGAUUGGACUCGUCGUGUGAGCAAAGUCACCGGGAAGAAAACAAGCCGAGAAAAAAAGUGAUUUAGUCCGUGUGCAAAUUUUGGAUUACCCUUUUUCGCGAGGGCUUUAGAAGAACACAAUGUCAGCAGCUGUAAGGGAGCGGACGACGACGCAUACCAGCAGAAAGAUCAUGAGUCAUGGCGGUCCUAUAUCUGGCCAGAGAGACGGAGCAGCAACGGCCAGCAGCCUCGAAAACAACUUAGACGCACUUCUCGAGGAUCUGCAGACGAGUGUCUCGAGAAGUGCCACUCCUAGCCGAGACAGAGCACUCUCACCCCAAGUCGAAUAUCGCAUAGCUGCCAAUCCUACCAGAGUGAUCUCCGAGGGAGGCAGACCCAUAUCUCCAAAUCGUACAAAAGUAACUACCACCGAGAAAUUUGUGAGUACUGGUCCAACCGGCACGUCCAGCGGUAUUCCGGGAUUAGAUUUUCUAGAUGCGGAGCUGCAAAACGUCCAACCCGGUCAAAGCAAAACAAUAGCGUACAAACAGGUGUCGUAUCAAUAUAACAAGGAUUUGGAUGGGAAACCAGAUUCGUGGGUCACGUCAGAAAACAAACGGGCUCUUACUGGCGCGCCCUUGAUUGACGAUAUCCAUGAAACUACUUACGAGGAGACUAAGACUCCAACGACGUAUACAUAUCAAAGUCCAGAACCGAUUAUUAAAAAAACAGUGGUUAACAGAGAAUUGGUCUAUGGUGACAAUUCAACGUCUCGUUCGAAACAAACCUCCCCUCUGCCAGGAACUCAAAGGGAUGUUAGGGAUGUCAAAUAUAUUCACGAAACUAGCUAUCAAGCUGAUCCGCGAUCAACUCAAAGCGCAUUAACUACAGCGCACACGAGCACACCGCAAGAAUACAAAACCAUUGAAUACGUGCCGGUUCCGUCGCCAACUCCAGCGAUACCGAUCAAUCUGGCACCCGGUCCAAACACAAAGGUGACAACAACGAUCAAGACGUACACGUACGAACUGCCAGGAUCGCCGGAAUCGUAUCUACCAGGUGGCAGUGUGCCAGGAGGAAAUGUCGUUCUGCCCGGUGAUCAAACCAUCACGUACACCCUACCAGGUAGAACCAGCGGCGCCACAACUGCUACCACAGACAAGACGAUCACCUACCAAACCGUAAGUGAGAAUGUACCGGGACAUCCCGAUACACCGAUCAGAUAUAAUAGCCCGUCGAACGAUCUCGAGAAGUCCACGACCAUUCACAAGGAGGCAAAGUUUUAUCGUGAAGAGCAUCACGACGACCGUCCCGGUUGGAAGCCUUCCCACGUUUAUCGCAAUGCACCGCUGCCAACAAAUAUGGAGACCAAGACCACCGUGACCGAGAAGUAUUACCAGGUCGACGGUAAUUAUCCUAAUGGCCACGGGCCGGGCGAUCGCCCGGAUUAUCCCGGGAGCACGACCGUCAUAUACCAGAAUCAACCACCUACCGUUGAGCACACCAAGACCAUUAAACGGAUCGAGGAAUACAGAUCUGACAGACACUUGACGCCUGAUAAACCGGAUACACCAACUAGGAUGACGACGACGACCUAUUACCCGCAACAAGGUACACCCAAUACGAUUUACAAAUUUUCGAAUACUACGACGACAGUACCACCGAGCAAAAACGCGGACGAUCACGAGGUCCUCUUGCCGAAACCGUUUCCGACUGGUGUCCGGAUGUAUCCCGCUAAGCCAGCCACCAAUGGCGAAGGACCACCGGCAAAACUCGAAGACCUCAUGGCUUCGUUCUCCGACUCUGAGCGAGAAGUAUUGGAAGAUAUACAGAGGCAAGAACGCCAGAACAAAGAAUCACCGUCUAGGAAGAAAGAAGUCGAUUUUGUCCCGCAUACGCCGCCAAAGGUCAAAAGCAAAAAUGUUGCCGGCCCACCAGUCUAUUAUCCUCCUGGCUCGGCGGAAUUUACCAAGAAGGAAGAAUCUAGUGCAGCCAUGUCACAAGCUGGUGGAGGAUGGCAGAAGGCAAGUGGAAAGUAUGAAUACGAGGCUUCCAGUAAAAGCAAAACCAAAAGCAGCAAAGGAGGCGCAGUCGUCCCAGUUUGUCUGCCGUUAUGCUGCGCAUUGCCAUGCGUUAUUAUGUAAUUUAAUUUUUGCAUUAACAUAUAUUAAUUAAGCACAUGAUAUGGUCUGAAACAUGUAAUAUAAUCAGAAACAAUAUAGCCUGCAA